UGCAUCUGUUUGGGCCUUGAAAAUGUGUAGGAGUUUGACAAAGACAAAGAGAAAACAGUCUGUAAGACCGAGAGGCCUGGAAGAGCAUGCAGUGCUGUGCGAACAGCACAGAACUUAAGCGCAGGAGCAAGAUGGGGCUGAAGAGGCAGCUCCUUCCGGCCUUCCUGGAUCACUGGGGGUGUGAGUGCUGCGCAAAAGAGUCUGGCCAUUACCUGUGGGACGGGGGCAUCAGUGGGCUUGUCAGCAGGGACACGACAGGCUCAGAGUCACUUGAGAAUCAGCGGCCCGGGAUAGGAAGUGACUGUUGGGGUCCUCCUACGGGCUAGUGAGAAGUUCUGGGAAAAAUCACCAGCGCCGGGAUGUGGGGAGGGAGGCAAAAGACUGAACUGGUUGACCAGGAAGGCCAAGCCAUCUACUUAAAGUGACCUUCGCUGGUGCGUGGGUGAAGGCAGUCCCCAGCCUCCCGGGACCUCGAAAGGCACAGGACGCAGCCAGUAGUAGGGCCAGCUCAGCCUGCAGCACCGCUUCCUGCGCGCGCCGCGAUGCGGUGGAACUCGUGCCUCCUCUAGCCCUGUAGGAGGUGCUAUGGGAUCAGCCUGGCGACCGCGCAUGCGCAAAAAAACCCCCUCCACGAAGGGCACGGGGCCUCCCGAACCCGGAAGCGAAUGAACUCACGUGGGAGCCUGGGAGGGGUGUUUGUAGCUUGGUAGUCUAGUUGCAGGUAAUCUGGGCUGUUUGUUCCUGUCCGAGAGAGCUCGGCAGAGGCAGCUGUCGAGUACCCUUCACCCUUGUGUUGGGAGCCUGCGAGCGAACUCUGGCGGGGGUUACCCCUCCCGGGGACGCAGCAGGGGGCGAGUCCCCGGCUGGAGUGUGCCAUGGGACUGCUCUCAACCGUCCGGGGCGCGACCUGGGGUCGCCUCGUCACCCGUCAUUUCGCCCAUGCAGCGCGGCGUGGGGAGCGACCUGGUGGGGACGAGCUAAGCCGCUUGUUGUUGGAUGACCUGGUGCCGACCUCGCGGCAGGAGCUUCUGUUUGGCCUGUCCCCUUGUCUCCUGGCUCUGCGGGCCGCCCGCCGCUACGUGGCCCGGCUCCUGCUCCAGGCGGGUAAAGCUGGGCUGCAGGGGGAGCGGGCUGAGUUGCUCCGUAUGGCUGAGGCGCGGGACAUUCCGGUUCUGCGGCCCAGACGGCAGAAACUGGACGCAAUGUGUCGCUACCAGGUCCACCAGGGUGUCUGCAUGGAGGUGAGCCCGCUGCGGCCCCGGCCUUGGACUGAGGCCGGGGAGGCGAGCCCAGGCGACGACCCCCAGCAGUUGUGGCUCGUCCUCGAUGGGAUCCAGGAUCCCCGGAAUUUUGGGGCUGUGCUGCGUUCCGCUCACUUCCUCGGAGUGGAUAAGAUCAUCACCAGCCGGAGAAACAGCUGCCCGCUCACUCCAGUAGUCAGCAAGGCCAGCGCGGGGGCUAUGGAGGUGAUGGACGUAUUCUCCACUGAUGAUCUCACUGGAUUUUUACAGACCAAAGCCCAGCAGGGCUGGCUUGUGGCCGGCACGGUGGGCUGCCCAGAGCCUAAAGUUCUCCAGUCCUCCGAGAUCCCCAUCAGGAGCUCCUUGGAGUUCCUCUGGGAUCGGCCUACUCUCCUUGUGCUGGGGAAUGAGGGCUCAGGUCUGUCCCAGGAGGUGCAGGCCUCCUGCCAGCUGCUCCUCACCAUCUUGCCCCGGCGCCAGCUGCCUUCUGGAUUUGAGUCCUUGAACGUCUCUGUGGUUGCAGGAAUUCUUCUUCACUCCAUUUGCAGCCAGAGGAAGGGUUUCCCCGCAGAGGGGGAGAGAAGGCAACUUCUCCAAGACCCGCAAGAACCCUCGGCCAGGUCCGAAGGACUCAGCGUGGCUCAGCACCCAGGGCUGUCUUCAGGAUCAGAGAAAGAAGCAAAAUGAGGGCUGAGGCGGACUGUCCGCGACGUGCACGUGCUGGGGUCAGGGACUGCCGCGCCUGCAUCGCCUGCUCCAGUGUGUGGGAGUCUCUGCCUGAGUGUGCACCAGGCCCAUGUCUAUUGACCACAGUCUGCGGGGGGAAGGGGACUGCUGUGGAGGCCAGAGGAAGCUGUUUCCUGUUGUGAUGUUGGACCUGUAGUAGGAUAUGGUAGUUUGUUGAUUUCCAUGAUGGGCUAGCAUGGAGGGAAUCUGUCCUCCCAGGCCCUGCCUGGAAGUCGGGGGGAGGUCUAGACACCUGCAGGGAGGCAGGCAGCCCAGCCCAGGGACCCUGUUCCUCUGGAACCGGUCGUUGCCCGUGGCGAAUGUGUGUGUGAGAAUG